AUGGCGUCGUCGUCGUGUCACCGCUAUUUUAAUCCAGCAAGUGUCAGUCCAUUUCUCAGCACUAAACUCCAUCGCUCAAUUUCUCCAUCUUCGAGACGAACUUCUCUUCUCGUGAAUCGGCGAUCCUUCUCUCUCUCUACGAGUAUGGCUUCACCUACUAAGAAGGUUUUGAUUCCCGUUGCACAUGGUACCGAGCCGUUUGAAGCGGUGGUGAUGAUCGAUGUGCUGCGGCGAGGCGGGGCGGAUGUAACGGUGGCGUCCGUCGAGAAUCAGGUCGGCGUUGAUGCGUGCCAUGGAAUCAAGAUGGUCGCCGAUACUCUUCUCUCUGAUAUUACCGACUCCGUCUUCGACCUUAUUAUGCUCCCUGGAGGGCUUCCCGGCGGCGAGACUCUUAAGAACUGUAAACCUUUAGAGAAUAUGGUAAAGAAACAAGACACAGAUGGGCGGCUAAACGCUGCGGUCUGUUGUGCCCCGGCGUUGGCGCUUGGUACUUGGGGUCUACUUGAGGGUAAAAAAGCAACAUGUUACCCGGUUUUUAUGGAGAAGCUAGCGGCAACCUGUGCAACAGCUGUUGAGACGAGAGUGGAGAUAGAUGGGAGGAUAGUGACCAGUAGAGGGCCUGGAACCACCAUGGAGUUCUCUGUCACGCUUGUGGAGCAACUGCUUGGGAAAGACAAAGCGGAGGAAGUCUCUGCACCCUUGGUGAUGCGUCCCAACCCUGGUGAUGAGUACACUAUCACCGAGCUAAACCAAAUUAACUGGUCGUUUGACAGUACCCCACAGAUUCUUGUACCCAUUGCAGACGGCUCGGAGGAAAUGGAAGCUGUUGCUAUCAUUGAUGUCCUGAGGCGAGCGAAAGCAAAUGUCGUCGUUGCUGCGCUUGGUAACAGCUUGGAAGUGGUAGCAUCUCGUAAAGUCAAGCUAGUGGCAGAUGUGCUUCUCGACGAGGCUGAAAAGAACUCAUACGAUCUGAUUGUGUUGCCUGGUGGUCUCGGUGGUGCUGAAGCAUUUGCGAAUUCAGAGAAACUAGUGAAUAUGUUAAAGAAGCAGGCGGAAUCAAACAAACCAUAUGGAGCAAUCUGUGCCUCUCCUGCUCUGGUCUUUGAGCCACAUGGUUUACUCAAGGGUAAGAAGGCGACAGCGUUUCCAGCAAUGUGCAGUAAACUGUCGGACCAGAGCCACAUCGAGCAUAGAGUGUUGGUGGACGGUAAUCUCAUAACGAGCAGGGGUCCUGGAACCUCGUUGGAGUUUGCACUUGCAAUCGUGGAGAAGUUUUACGGGCGCGAGAAAGGACUUCAGCUCGCAAAGGCAACACUUGUGUGA